AUUAUUAUUGUAAAGGAUGGGGAUAUGGUCUUAAUCCAAUGCGUGGACUAUAUUUAUAUUUUUUGGGGUCAUGGAAUUUUAUUUGUAGGUGCGCGGUCAUCAUAGCACACUGUGGCAAAAAGGUGAAGAGCUUUUGACACAUAUGUCAGGAAUAUGCAAUAAAUGUGCUAUAAUCUACGUUUGGUGACGUUGGAAAUUCUUGUCAUGCGUCCCUUUAAAAGGCGUGGUGACGGAAUUGAAAGCCAACCGACGUAGUUAGCUGUCAGCGUACUUCAGUGGAUAUAGUCACUCGAUUGCGAUAUUCGUGCGCCUCGCUGACGCUGUACAAUCGUACACUGUCCUUGCUUGCUGGAAGAGGAUUCUGAUAUUUUCCAGGGUAAUUAGCAUUCCAGAAUCAUUCCGACUGUCUACACAGGAGUAAACACGCAGGAGACCGGCGCAUGCCUAUGGACCGCAGAUAUUGCCGUGGUGUAUGCGCUCUCGGUGUCUCAUCUGUUUUGUAGUUAACGUUAGAUACAGCAGCGUUUGUAACACACAUUAAAAUGGCCACAGACGAGCUGUCGUCAAAGCUCAGCCGUCGGCUGCAGAUAGAAGACGGUGCCGAGGAACCGGUGGCCGUUGAUGAGGGUGGUCAGGGACAUGAAAACGGAGCGGGUGAGGAGAAGGCAGCCACAGCGAACGCAGACUCUGAGUUGGGCGCUAAACUCAUGCGGCGGGGGGAGUUGAACGACGGAGUGGGUGAACACCAUCAGCCGAGCAUGAAGGUCUUCAACCCCUACACUGAGUUCAAGGAAUUCUCCAGGAAACAAAUCAAAGAUAUGGAGAAAAUGUUCAAACAGUACGACGCGGGGAAGGACGGCUUCAUAGACCUGAUGGAGCUGAAGCUAAUGAUGGAGAAGCUGGGGGCACCACAGACCCACCUGGGCCUGAAGAACAUGAUUAAGGAGGUGGACGAGGACCUUGACAACAAGCUGAGCUUCAGAGAGUUCCUCCUGAUCUUCAGGAAGUCUGCAGCAGGGGAACUAGCGGAGGACAGCGGUCUCAGUGUUCUGGCUCGGCUAUCAGAGAUUGACGUGUCCACUGAGGGAGUGAAGGGAGCCAAGACCUUCUUUGAAGCCAAAGUGGCGGCUGUCAACGCGGGCAGCCAAUUCGAGGCGGAGAUCCGGCAGGAGCAAGAAGAGAAGAAGAAGCAGGCGGAGGAGAAGAAGCAGAGGCAAGCCGCCUUCAAGAACCUCCAGUCGGCCUUCAAAUGACCACCUCUUCCUCAGCCCCUACUGUCCCACCUCCACUGUCUGUCUGUUCUUUCAGUGUCCCGGUGAUUUUUCUGCCUCCAUUUUGAAAUCUAGUCAUCAUAUGCAAGGCGCUGGUAGUCUGUCCAGGGUUAGUCCCUGUCCCUGAGAGAGGAGCAGUUCUAUUCUGCUGAUUCCCCAUUUGAUUUGACCUGACAAGUAACUAAAGAACUACACAUUCAGGGUUGUGCAGAGACCGUUUUACUCUUCUUGUCAUGUUGGGUAUACAAAUAUUCCAUUGCUCCUCUCUAAGUCGGGCACUGAUUUUUAGGCCAUAGCCAUGCCAGAAAUGAAGAUGCAAUGGAUUGGAUACAUGAUGAGAAUAGAUCUGUGAUGCAAUGUCUCUCCUGUACAUUAUACAGUUAUGUGCUACUAGCGUAGGUCUGGAUUUUAGCUGUUUUCUGUAGUGACUGAGGGAAUGUGAAUUCAAAAUUAGGAAUGCAUUUUUAGUGAUGUUGUGAAAAAUUAGGAUUGUAUUUUAACCGAAAGUUAUUUACUUACCAUUGAUUCCAAUGAAUCGGAAUUGUGAGCGUGUGUUCUGAAGAGGUCUUAUCCAAUCCAUUGUGUUACUUGGUACCAGUGACGAUUUUGAGCUACACAUGUCAUGUCCUGUAGGAAGUCUUCUCAAAGGCACAAGUGUCUGACCUAUGGUGUGAGGCAAUCUGUGCACACUUAUUUGCAGACCUUCAAUCACAUUCUAGAAGAGUAGAUCGGGGGGGGGGGUGCAAAUGGUGGCGGAGAACCUUUCUUCCAUUUACCUGGUCCUGGGGGUACCCCUGUGUAUGUUUGUUGAUCCUUCUGUUUAGCCUGGUUUUUGAGGACAAUUUGACAGCUAGAUUUCUUGCAUAACCAACACAUACAGGGCUACUAGAGGACUUGGUGUUCUGUAACAAUGGUCGACCACUCGCCCCUGCUUGGUUUUACUGCAUGAGCCUUGCUUGUGACUCGUCAGUAUCCAACAAUCCCAUAUUGUCAAAGCUUUGCUUAUGGCUUGAAACUAAGUCAAUGUAUGCACUUGACAUCAAAUAAAUGUUUGCUCAAAGCAACAAGCUGUCAACUAGACACCAACCCUUUGAGCACAUGGCAAUACUCUGAGGUGAAAAUAUGCUGUCUGUAGUGAUGUAUACCUUCACCUUUGACCUAUAGACUGAGGUUGCAAUAUAAAGUGUGUGGCAUUAUAAUGCUCUGUAGUAUAGUAAAUGGCUGUCUAUUAUCGUUUUGGAACAUAGUUUGAGAUAUGCAAUCAAUUUGGCCUUUUCAAAGGGUUGACUUACAGAGCUUUGAUAUGCUUAAAUUAAAACUUGUUUAAUGCAAACGCAGCUGUAGCUUUAUUAAACAGACUAAAUUCUAAUAAUUUAUUCAUCGAUUUAUUGGACAGGGGUAGAAAGUAGUCUUUGGUCAUAUCAUUCAUGUACCCUUCCAGGAAAUGUAAUGCAUUUAACUCAACCUAGCUACUUUAAAAAGGACCCAAAUGGGAGCUUAACAUAAAAUGAGGGAAAUGGUUGUAAGUUUUCAGCAUAAGUUUGCGAGCUUCCAACGUAGUGUUAUUAAAGGGUAUCAACGGGUGAUAUCUGGCAGCACAUCACAGUACAACAAAGGUAUGUAAAGAAUACAAUAUUUUUUCAUGACAAUAUACAUUUAAAAAAAAAUGCUUUUAGUUUUGUAUGGUGAGGGGUUCUGUGAAAUGUUCUGCAUUAUGGGUGUUGUACACAAGUGGGUCUCCUGGUAAAAAAGGAAAAAAAAGUGUGUUCACUGGUUACUACACUUCCUGGUGAUGGGCGAUUGGCCAGUUGUAAUUCUGUAAGUGAUUUUAAGAAGAGGUUUAUUUUCUGAUGUGGAGCCUAGUUUGUGAACAGUGAUGCUGUGUCAAAUGUCAAUAGUGAGAACCUGUAGGUUUCUUCCACAGUCCAUUUGGACAUGCAGGUCUGUCCAUGCUCCCUGUCCUAUUUUGUCCUGUGAAAACUAGACUACAGAUGUGAUCCCAUGAUGCAUUCUCACACUACGUCACUACUCCUCUUCGGAUGUACCUUCACCCUGUUCUGACGACGUGAGAGUGGGGUGCAAUAAGCCUGGUCCCAGAUCAGCAUAAAUUGGUUAACCUUCACAAAAAGAGUUGGCUAAUACACUUUAAACAGUUCUGGGACCAGGCCAGGGUGCAGUGGCAGAGAUUGGGUGUCGAGUGCGAACAAACACCGUGAAGUCCACACUUGUUUCUGUCAUUUUCUCUUGUCAUUCCUCCUCUUGAUUUCUUCUGUCUUCAUCAUUACCAGGGGAAAUUGUGCCAAAUGUUGUUUUUUUGUCAACCUACCAUUCCACUGUUGUCUUUAUAACACUUGAGAAAUAAUUAUAUUGACCAUGUGAUAUGAGAUUUAGAUUUAGCAUGAUGAACUGGCGAUGCUCAGGGUACACUAUAGGAAAGUAAUGCUACAAUGUACCAUACGUUAGCUCCUCUCUUUUUGGGCUGUACUGAUAAUGCAGCAGGCGUGAUGUAACCAUAGUACUGGGAAACAUCCACUUGCUUCUGUGUCUCUGACGUUAAAUGUCCAUCUUCAAAGGCUUCCUGUUAAGACCCAGCCUCGGUUUGAAAAGGUAUCAUUAUAAGGAAAUAAGCGGACAAAAGUUGGGGUUGUUUGGCUAUUUGAAUAUUUUUCAUCAGGUUUUUCUGUCUGUCGCUUUGAUCUGUUCUACUUUUUUCAAGGUUCCAUUUUUCCAGAUCCUUUGUUUGUCAUUUUACCUGCAGGCAUCAUCAAAAUUCGUCUGUUUUACGUUGUGAUGAAUGUUAUUGAAUUGUCUUGUAGGCUGAUAAAAUGUGGCUGUUCUAUAAUACACCUUUUUAUUUUACAUUUUCUUACUAAAAUGUAUGAUUAUUCUUGUGGCAAUAAAAAAUAAAAAACACAAUUUGAAACUUG